AUGGGAUUGGCGAGUAAAUUGGCGGCAGCCCAAGGAGGCCAAGCACCCGUGGCAAACUACGGCUCCCAGCAGUACCCACCCCAAGGCCAGCAGCAGCAGGGCGGCGUACCGCCACCCGGAGGUGCACAAGGCGGAGCUGGCUACCGUACGUGA